AACAGUCUAGUGUAACAGACUGGAAGUACGGGAAGUAAGAGUAAUAGUGUUGGGGUUUGUUUUUGGUUUCAUUUUAUUGAAGUUUUAGGAACAUAAAACAGCUACUUUGGAUUGUACAGGUUGCUGGUUCUUUUUUCUUUCCAUUAUGCAUAUCAAGUCCAUCAUUAUAGACGGGUUUAAAUCGUAUGCCCAGCGGACUGAGAUCAAUGGAUUCGAUCAGCUUUUUAACGCUAUUACAGGUCUAAAUGGCAGUGGCAAGUCAAACAUCCUUGACUCCAUAUGCUUUCUGCUUGGGAUUUCAAAUCUAACUCAGGUUCGAGCUUCAAACUUGCAAGACCUGGUAUACAAAAAUGGACAGGCAGGAAUCACCAAGGCAACAGUGUCCAUCACAUUUGAUAAUACUGACAAGAAGCAGAGCCCUCUGGGGUUUGAAACUCAUGAUGAAAUCACAGUAACUAGGCAGGUGGUGAUUGGAGGCAGGAAUAAGUACCUGAUUAAUGGCGUGAAUGCAAACAAUACCCGUGUACAGGAUCUCUUUUGCUCAGUUGGUCUGAAUGUAAACAACCCACACUUUCUAAUUAUGCAGGGUCGCAUUACAAAGGUGCUGAACAUGAAGCCUCCAGAGAUUUUAGCAAUGAUAGAGGAAGCAGCCGGCACCAGAAUGUAUGAGUGUAAGAAGAUUGCUGCUCAGAAGACUAUUGAAAAGAAGGAGGCAAAGCUUAAAGAGAUUCAUACGAUUCUGGAAGAAGAAAUUACCCCAACACUGCAGAAGCUGAAGGAAGUAACAGAACUAACCUCCUCACCCCCGCACACCCCAGCACUGCUUCAUUACUUGAUUGUGAGACUGAGCACAUUUUACUUGGUUGCAUUAUUGCAGGAAGUUGGCGGUGCACUGCGUUCACUGGAGGAGGGUUUAGCAGAAUUGCAACGAGCUGAUGCCAAAGCACAGAGUGCCCUGGAUCUCAAGAAGCAGAACCUGAAAGGAGAAGAAAAAAAACGAAAAGAGAUUACUAAAAGCAUGGAAGAGCGGAUAAUCUUUUCAGGAUUUGAAUGUCAGGUAUUGUAUUAUCACACGAUGGAGGAUAUUCAAGUGGAACUAGACUAUAAUCCAACUCCAGUGGUGAAAAUGAAUAAAUGGAAGGAUGUCAUUCACCAAGAGACAAAUCCGCUAUUAAGUCUAGAUUUGGAUCGACAUUUACCAGCAACUGUAGAAACAGGUUCAAUGCACAAUCAUCUGGCUCAAAUACGGCAAAAUGUGCAUACUACUUUACGGUCCCCACCGAUUGCCGCAUCACAGCGUUUGACAAAUUCAAGUGAUGUUUCCACUUUAAAUUCUACCUCCACUGCUAACGCGAUGACUUUGACAGGGAUUACUCGUACUAAGCGACAGCGACGUGAGGAAGAGGCACCAAUAAUUAACACUCCACCACCGAAUCGGGAAGCAUUAACACGAACAGAUAAUAUCAAUGUAUCGGAUGCAAAACAGAACCAGGUCCAACAGCAGAGGGAGAAGAAAAAGAAAGUUUUUGGAGGAGAAUGUGGAGGUAAGAAGAAGACAGAAGAAUUAAAUGACUUGGUCUUUAAUCUAUCGAGCCGCUCAUUGAGUGUUCAUGAAAAGAGCCUUUUAAAUAAAAGUCUCUCGUUUGUUCCAUCGCAGGAUAGUAGACUAACUGAGCUAUUAAUUGAUAUACGAACUUUUGCCAGAAAUGUAUCUCUGAAACUUUUGUUUAACAAUGAUUCUUGUACCUUUGGUUUAAAUAAUGCAGUUAUGCAUAAGAAAAAAAGUGUUUUUAUCCCUGAUAUGCCAUCAAAUGUAAAUUGUUUUGUUCAGGUAUGUGAACAAGAUUUCUAUCAAUAUUUUUCGAAAUCUGUUAAAGAAAGUAAACGUUGUCCCUUAUUUUAUAAUUUAAGUAAAGAACAACAAAAAGCCCUUACACACAUCUCUAAUGACCAGAGCUUGAUAGUGAGACCAGCUGAUAAGGGAGGUGGCUUGGUGGUAAUGGAUACUGUUUUUUAUAAUAAUUUGAUGUUUAAUAUGUUAAGCAAUGUGAAGGAAUACGUUCCUAUAAAUGACCAGGAGCUGGAUAGAUUGAUAUAUACUGUUCAUGAUAAUCUUUAUGACUUGCUAAUGUGUAGACAGCUGAGUAAACAGCUUUAUGAAUAUUGCUUAAUAGAAAAGCCAUUGGUUCCUUUUAUUAAAGGACUCCCAAAGAUGCAUAAGAAUAAGUUUCCACCCCCAAUACGCCCUUUAGUGGCAGCAACUAUGGAUGUGAAAAAUUUAUUCACAACUAUACCUAAUGAUUAUGGAAUAGAAGCAGUGAGGCAGGCACAAAUGAAGUUAAAACAUGCCCAACAGGAACUGAAGACAAAGCAAGCAGAAGUGAAAAAGAUGGACAGUGGCUACAAAAAAGAUCAGGACCUGUUUGAAGCUGUGAAGAAGAGCAAGGAAAAAUUGGAAGCAGAGAUGAAGAAACUGAAUUAUGAAGAUGGCAAAGAAGAGAGCUUGGCUGAAAAGCGCCGUGUGCUGUCUCGAGAUGUUAAUAGACUGCGUGAAACAUAUGAGACAUUGAUGGCAAGGUUCCCUAAUUUGAGAUUUGAGUACAAGAAUCCUGAAAAGAACUGGGACUCAAAUCGUGUUAAGGGUCUUGUUGCCAGUUUGAUUACAGUAAAAGAUGUGUCUACUGCGACAGCGUUGGAGGUGGUGGCUGGUGGGCGACUGUAUAACGUUGUGGUUGAUACUGAGGUCACUGGUAAGAAGAUUCUGGAGAAAGGAGAACUGAAACGUCGUUACACUAUUAUUCCACUAAACAAAAUUUCUGCCAGAAGCCUGGAUGAAAGAACUAUCAAAGCAGCAAAGAACUUGGUUGGGCAUGACAAAGUACAUUUGGCCCUUUCCCUGGUGGGAUACGAAUCUGAACUUCAGAAGGCUAUGCAAUUUGUGUUUGGUACAACACUGGUCUGUGACACUCUGGAUAAUGCUAAGAAGGUGACAUUUGAUAAACAAGUUAUGACAAAAACUGUCACACUUGGUGGAGAUACAUUUGAUCCCCAAGGAACACUGAGUGGAGGUGCACGUCAGCAAUCUUCUUCUGUGCUGGCUAACCUUCAGCAACUUAAAGCUGUUAAGAACGAACUCGAAAUGAAAGAAACAGAGAUACAAACUGUGGAGAAGGAGUUGGUCAGCUUGAAGAAUACAGCUGAAAAGUAUCGUCAACUUAAGCAGCAAUGGGAGAUGAAGUCUGAAGAAGCAGAACUUCUGCAGGCAAAACUUCAGCAGAGCUCCUACCACAAGCAACAAGAGGAACUGGAAUCUCUAAAGAAAAUCAUUGAUGACAGUGAAGAAACGUUGAAGAAGACAAAAGAGGUGCAGAAGAAGACUGAAGAGAAGUACAAAGUACUAGAAGAUAAAAUGAAAAACGCGGAAGCAGAAAGGGAGAAAGAACUGAAGCAAGCACAGCAAAAACUCGAUGCUGCAAAGAAGAAGGCAGAUGCAUCCAGUAAAAAGAUGAAGGAAAAACAGCAGGAAGUCGAUGCCUUGAUGAUGGAACUGGAAGAGCUUAAGAGGGAGCAGACUUCCUACAAGCAACAGUUAGAGGCUGUUGAUGAAGCUCUGAAGUCCUUUCAGGAACAGAUUGAUAGCAUGGUUGCUGAAGUGACAAAGACUAAGGAAGCCGUUAAAGUGGCUCAAGGAAAUGUCUCAAAGCAGAAGGAGGUAAUAAUGGCCAAGGAUAAGGAAAUAAAAACAAAGUCUGCUGAAGUGGCCAAGCUUGGUGAACAAACUAAUGAAUGCCAGCUGAAGAUUGAGGAAUUUGAACACAACAUUGACAAGCUCAAGCAAGACAGUGCGGAUGCAGCUGACAGGGUUGCCAAAAUGCUUCAGAACCAUGAGUGGAUAGCAUCAGAAAAGCAUCUUUUUGGGCAGACUAAUACUGUCUAUGACUUUAAAGCUAACAAUCCAAAAGAAGCUGGACAGAGACUGCAAAAACUGACCGAAAAAGAAAAGAAGUUGGGCAGAAAUGUGAACAUGAGAGCAAUGAACAUGCUGUCCCAAGCAGAAGAUCGGUACAAUGAUUUAAUGAAGAAAAAAAGAAUUGUUGAAAAUGAUAAAGCCAAGAUUCUUUUGACUAUUGAAGAACUGGAUCAGAAAAAGAAUGAAGCUUUAAAAAUUGCCUGGCAGAAGGUAAACAAGGAUUUUGGUUCCAUCUUCUCAACUUUGCUUCCUGGUGCAAAUGCCAUGCUAGCACCUCCAGAAGGACAAGGCGUUUUGGAUGGCUUGGAAUUUAAAGUUGCUUUAGGAAGCACUUGGAAGGAAAACUUGACAGAACUCAGUGGAGGACAAAGAUCGUUGGUGGCUUUGUCACUGAUCCUAGCUAUGCUUCUGUUCAAACCUGCCCCCAUAUACAUCCUGGAUGAGGUGGAUGCAGCCUUGGAUCUCUCUCACACUCAGAAUAUAGGGCAGAUGCUUCGAACACAUUUUAGGCACUCUCAGUUCAUCGUUGUGUCUUUAAAGGAUGGCAUGUUUAAUAAUGCGAAUGUUCUAUUCAAAACCAAGUUUGUAGAUGGUGUCUCCACUGUUACCAGAUUUGCACAGAGCCAGAAUGCAAGCCAAAACAGACCAGAAAAAGCAAAAUCACGGGACAAAAAGAGCCAGCAGGCAGUACAUAGCUGAAAGGUUCCUAAAGCUGUGCAUUAAAUUAAUCUGUCGCAGUGCAGACAGAUAUUUUAAUUUUAAAAUGGCAGGGGAAAGAAGCCUUUGCCAUUAAAAGAACUGCAUUUGGCCAUUGUGAUUUCUGCGGUGGCUGGAACUGCUUAUAAACAUUUUACUAUUGUUUUGUGUGUCUUGUCUCUGUAUGUGCCCACACCAUACUGUGGCGCCCAUUUUCAACCUUUAUUUCUGUGUACUUUUCUUUGUGUGUCCAAACUUAAUGUCCAACUUUUUUUUAUAUUUUUAAGAUUUAUUUUUUGUUUAUAUUUCUCAGCUCUUAAAUGUUUCUGUAUUGUACAAACAUGACAUAAUAAAUUGUCUUUUUCAUAAUGCUGA